UCCAUGGUGAGCUCGGUGCGGUACGCCGCCUCCUCCGGCCCGGGCCCAGGGUACGUCAUGGCCACCUACCACCCGCCGGGCCACCUCCCCGUGCACGGCCAUCUGCAGGGACAGCUGCCCAUCUCGGCGCUCAAGCGGCCGUCGCGCAUCGAGCAGCUGCAGCUGGACUGGAAGCAGUUGGGCACGGACGCGCUGGCCACCACGCUGUCCGCGCUGUACGGCAAGCUCAUCGUCGUCAUGGGCAUCGCCUUCCCCAUGGCCGAGGUCAUCUCCACGUACAUCCCGCCCUCCUUCUACGAGGGCUUCUACCUGUACCUCUACUUCGGCAGCAUGCUGUUCCUGCUGUACAUGUACGCCAUGCUGCUCAAGGACAAGGCGGCCGCCUCCGUCAGCAACUCCUUCAGCAAGUCCAAGAAAAGCAAGCGGCCCAAGUCCAUCUCCAACUCGUCCCACUCGGACAGCAGCGACUCGGCACCCCCCAGCCCCAGCCCGCACACGGACACGGAGGUGAGCACCGCCACCGAGCAGGAGCGGUACCGCGCCGCGGCCUACCGCCGCCAGUCCGGCCAGUUCUACCACCAGCAGCACUACGGCAGCUUCUACCUGCGCAUGGGCGCCGUGGCAUUCGGCAUCGGCAGCAUGAUCUACUCCGGGCUGGAGUUCGGCCAGUACUUCGAGCUGGAGAGGAACACCAAGUGCCACAACGUGCUGCUGGCUCUGACGCCCGCCACGCGCAUGGCCUUCAUCUUCAUCCAGAUGUACUUCAUCUUCUUGAACAAUGAGGAAAUGAAAGUGUACAAACACCGCACGCUGGCGCGCUUCGGCCUCAUGCACAUGAUCGGCACCAACCUGUCCGUGUGGCUCAACGUGCUCAUCCAGGAGACCAAGCACGAGAUUCUCACCUUCUACAACCCGGAGAACAAGACACUGGUGCUGCCCGCGCACCGCGUCCCCCAGCAGGGCGUCGAUUGGCUCAACAACUUCCCCAAGUUCAACUUGUCGUCGCCGGCGCCGACCCACCAUUCGCACCACCACGCCGCCGCGGGGCUGGCUCACCACGCCGCGGCCGCGCUGGUCCAGUCCCACCAGCGGGUGGCCCGCGGCCUCAAGGGCCCUCACCACCUCUACGACUGCAGGCGCACCAACAUCAUCGGGUCGCUGGUGCAGGACGCUAGCCCGUUCCUGUUCCCCUGCACCAUCGAGUACUCGCUCAUCUGCGCCGCCAUCCUGUACGUCAUGUGGAAGAACAUCGCCAAGAUGACGCCCUCCACGUCCUCCGGGCAAUCCCUGACGGCCAAGCUGGAGCGAGCGGGCGCUGGCCUGCCGGGGCCCUACUACAAGCGCUCGCCCCACCACUACUCAGUGGACUGCGCGCGCGCGCACAAGGGACUGUUCGUCGGCAUCCUCAUCCUCGUGCUCACCAUCCUGUCCCUCAUCCUCUUCUUCGUGCUCACGUCGCGAGCCGAGUUCGUCUACCUUGCAGUGAUUGAGGUCAACAUCUGCGAGCUGUCCCUCUACGCCAUGUCCACCAUUGCCACACUGUUUGGCAUGCUUAAGGUGCGCCAGUUACGGUAUGAUGGCUCUCGUAACUUGGAACUGGACAGCAUACUGCUGAUUGGUGCUCAGACUGGAAUGUUCUUGUACAGCACAUUCACUGUCAUCGGUGGCCACUUUACUAUGGAGAAGAAUACGGAACUUGUUCUCAUAACAGCCUUGGCGUCAUUGGUGCAGACAACAUGUCAAACCAUGUUUGUGCUAGAUGCGUCUCGUCGUUCAUGUGUUACACCUGAACAGAUUCGACGGAAACCAGGAAGAGAAAUUGUUACAUUCCUUCUUGUUACGAAUUUGGCCAUGUGGGCAAUUAACACACUUGAAAAAUCACGUGCAGAAUCACAUCCAAUCCAACUUCAUUUCUAUGGUCUUUGGGCAUGGACAAUUAUUACCCAUGUUUCCAUGCCCCUAGCAAUCUUCUAUCGGUUCCACUCUACGGUUUGCUUGUGUGAAAUUUGGAAAAAGGCAUACAAAAUGAAACCUGUGUACAUGUAAAUUUGUCUUUAAAUCACCACUCUCCAGCUGCUGUAAGGAGAUUUCUGAAAGAAACUUCCAAAAGAACUUUCUAAUCAUUAUGCUCUAGUUCUCUAUGCUUAUAGUCUGAGAGAUAUGAUGAGAGGAUUAUUUAGUCUUUCCUCUUGGUUAUUGGUACCUGCUCUUUUGAAGUCAUGUAGAGGUUUAAGCUAAUGAUGUGCUUUAGGAGCAUCAAAAGUCUGUGCAGAUUGCUUAAUUUUUAGGAUUAUUCUUGAAUGAAAGAGAUUUUUUCUUUAUUUCUGAUAGUUUACAUAAGCAUGUUGGCAUUUUGUUUCAUUUGAAAUACUGUGCCAAAUGUUUGUGAAAUACCAGUUCAAAUAGCUAGAAAGCGAAACCGUAAACCUGAACGACAGGUGAAAGGUGUGAAAGUGCAAUGGUAUUCCCAGCAGGUCGCAAGGAAUCAAAACUUUAUCUUUGAAUCAGACAGCACUUGGCUUGCUUGAUCUGAAAAUCUUGUGCCAAAGGUAGUAUGUACAUUUUAAGGGAACUACCCUACUGAGAUUAUGUGAAGUGAUGGCUACCAUUCAUUUAUCCAGUUUUUGUAUGGACGAAUCGCAUAUAGUGCAAAGCAAAGCAGUUCUCUAAUACGCUGUAAUUUUGACGUUAUAUUAUACCUGUUAUUACAAAUAAAAUUUGAUGUAACUUACUGUCAAUUUCAAAAGAAUAGCUUCUGUACCUUCAGAGUUUAAUAAUAAGUUGAUUCUUUUGAAACUGACAGUAAAUAUAUAAGUGCUUCUAAGGGAGUCCAUGUAUUAUUAUUAUUACUAUGUUCAGUUAAACAGUCACUUAGAAUUUUUACUUACUUAUUUAUUGAGGAUUGUCGUGUAAAUAAUUUAUGUAUCUAGUUGCUUUGAAAUCUUUAAUAGGGUGUAUGAGUCUAUGUGAAUUUGUAAACAUUUCUUGAGGCUUAGCAUAUUAGAAAUGAGGCACAAAAUGAGAGACAAAUAAUUUAUAGUGGAAAGAAAUGACAGUAGCAUAUGUUUCCUUAAUCAAAAUUUUGAAGUGAACUGCAGCUUUGCAACAGUGGUCCAAUAUUAACAUUUUUAUGGAAUUGUGUCCUGUGUUUCCAAAGUUUUGUAGCAGUUUUUGUAAUAUUACCUGAAGAUAAGUUGUAGUUCUUUUUAGCCUGUGUAUAACACUGGACUCUAGGACUUUUCAUGACAAUGACUGCUUGUGAACCUUGGGAUCAUACUAUAAUUUUCCUUGAACAAUUUGGGAACAAUCAAUUACUAUGAGAAUUUCACUGCCAACACCACCAUCCACUAUGAUGGCUUGAGUUGUUAGCAACUUGAUAUGUGAUCUGUAUACCACAAAGAAAAUUUCUUCCAAACACAUUAGUGAAGUUAUAUUUGAAAAAAAUAUGGCUUUUUAUCAGGCUUCUUUCAGAAUGUUUUCAAAGGCAAACAAAUCUUUCUUAGUGCCCUUCAAAAGAAAAACAUAAGCUUAAGAAAUUGAUAUUUUGAGCAUUGAGUGAUAUUGCUUUUGAUACUUACUAUGUUAACCCUAGCAUAUCUUCCUUUAAGCAUAUCUUCUUUGUCUUCAUAUGUAUAGGUAUCAAACUUAGCAAAGUGGCUUUGGCAGUGAACGAAUUAUCAAGUCUAUCGUUAUAGAAAAACACUACAUUUUGAUAAAAGUGCCAAUCUAAUUUGCUAUUGGUAUAAUGUCUUUGUACUAAAGUUUCACCACUGUUGCAAAUUCAUUUUUGUGAAUAUGAUCACUAGCAAAGCGCAUCAGUAGUUUCGUCAUGAUUAUUUUCGGUGUGUGAGUUCGGAUUUCAGGAGUUUGCCUGCCUUCUGAACGCUAAAAUGUCUGGGGCGAUUCUCUGCACCUUUUAUUGAAAAUAAGAUAAAAUUUAGGACCCAUCUCUUUUUUGGCUUGUUGACUUCAAAUCCUUGUAAAUAUUAAGCAAUACGCAUCUGAUCAUGUGAGAAUAAGUCUGUGUUGAAUAAAUAAAUAAAAUAGAUGUAUUGAUGUGUUUAUGUUGAUUUGUUUUUUUGUUGACCGGUCAUGUUUGUAAAGUAUGCAAAUGCAUCACCAUACCCACAUGUGUUCCAUGACAAAACAAUGUAAGUAAUAAUCAAAAGCUUUAUAUGUGUAUACUAAAAGGUGUUCGUAAGCUUUAUGCAUGUUUGAAUCCAUGAAAUAAAUGAAUGCUCAUAUGUACAUGA